AUGUCGAGUCUUAAAGAUAUCAUGGAUGUCGAUGAUGUGGAGCCUCUUCAGUCCCAAGAAGCCUAUAGAAGGUCAAGGGAAGCCGCAUUACAAAAAGCCUCACUUCCUUCCAUUGCCCCAUCCUCCACGACUCCUUCGCCAUCCAUUGAAGACGACGACAACAGUAACAACAACAAAGGGAAGGCACCUAUUAAGCGGCGCAGGUCCAAUCGAGUCUCAAAGACGACGACUCCUCCAGCAGCUUCACGCUCCAACGUACCACGCCGAAGUAGUAGCGCCACUGGGGAGGCAAUGGACUUCACUUCGGGAUAUCAGACCUCAGGGUCGAACCAAGCAAGCGCGUCGGGCACAUCUCUACAGGGCCCGAGAGUUUCAGAUUCGGGAGCAGAAAUUCCUGUCAAGUACACGCCUGUUACAGGCCGUAUUAGCAGAGCAAAGAAAGGAGUUCCUGUUCAUACCUGCGAGAUCUGUGCAAAGACGUUCACAAGGGCCGAGCACUUAAGGCGCCAUCAAUUGAGCCACCAGAAGCCUGCAUAUGCGUGCACUUUUAAAGAUUGCGAGAGGGCUUUUCACAGACCGGAUUUACUAACAAGACAUAUGCAUCGACAUGAAACGCAAGGAGAGGGGCCGUACAAAGAUGGAAAUCGAAGCAGAGCAUCUUCAAGCGCAUCUGAGAGUCAACCCCCAUCUUUAAAAGUGGAAACUCCAGCGCAAGGCAGCCUUUUGAACCAGAUCUCAACUACAGAUUCCUCAACUCCCAGAACUUCUGCAAGUGGAGAUAGUACCAUGACUAGCACAAGCUUUGAAACAGUUGUUCCCAACUUUCAACCUGUAAAUACUUAUUCCCCUGGACCGUCGACGCCGCCAUCUAACAAAAGAUCGGCAAGCGAGGCUCAGCUUCGUGAAUCUGGUUCAUACACGGCGACAUCUCCUCCCUCUACUAGGCGACCGGUAGGCUUCGAACAGAUGAAUCCGGGAAGCUUCUCUGGGACCAUUGCGGAUCUGCCAAAUCAAAAUGACUUCUCUCAGUCAACCCCAUCCUCGUUUGAAGGGUUGGCCUUUGAGUCAGGAGACGGCCAGUCCUUCGACUAUACCCGAGCACAACCAUUGCCGCUUCUGAGAAUUCCAGGAGAACCCUAUAUACCUAGCCUUUCCUACACCCAGGAAAAUUCUCCAUGGUGCUCAUCCGCUUCUGACAGCUCUUUCUCCAAUCAUUCUGAUGGACCUCGAAACGGCCGCCAAUGGCGAGGACGAUCCCCUUCAGUCGCUGACUGGGCAGUAUCAGCCGCACCAACCCAGUGGUCUCCUCACGGAAUUACUACUACGCCGCAAGAUAUGCGAGAUCCCCCGUUUGAUCCUUCAAUUCUUGACCAAUAUGAAACAACUUAUACUCCUCCUCGAAUGACGCCACCAAGUCGGAACCAACUAUUGGAUGUGCCUAAUUCAUAUGGAGCUUAUACGUAUAUGGAAUCAGUGGGUACUCCAGCCCUCUCGACUUAUAAUAAAUCAAUCGCUCAACUUUCUUCAGCGUCCCCUUCUCGAGUAUCCAACGCCAGAUUGGGAAGCAUUAAUCCGCCAAGAGCGAAGAAACAACUAGGAAGAAUAAACGCAAACAGUACCAAACUGACCAAUUACCAAGCACAACCGCACCUCAACACCUACCUAAUAAGCUAUUGGCAAUAUUUCCACACUCUUUUCCCAAUCGUUCACCGUCCCUCUUUUAUCUCUAAUGAAGACAACCACCUUCUUACCUCCGCAAUGGCAGCCAUUGGCAGCCAGUAUCAAAAUACUCCCGAAGCACGAACAGCAGGAUCUGAAUUGAACGAACUUUGCAGAAAAUCCUUUGAUUUAUGUCCGACAUGGAAUCUCAACACCAUGCAAGCGAUACUCCUUACUGAGAUCUUCACACUGUUCCGAGGGCGAAAACCCAUAGUACGAUUGUCAAAACCUUUCGAAGCACUUUACAGAAGGUUACUUGAAAGCUCUGGCCAAGAUUAUAUCCCAACACCUUGCACUAGCCCAGGCAUUGCUCCGUCGGUCGAGUCUCUGCUCGACCGAUUUGUGGCGCAACCUAAUAACCAAGUCAAUCAGAGCCAAGAUGCCCAGAGCGAGUGGCUUCAAUGGGUUGACAAUGAAGCCCGCCAACGUCUUCUCAGUGCAUGUUUCGUUUUCGACGUACACCAGUCAAUCUACCACCAGCAGCCUCGUUCCAAAGCCUCCCGUAUCAAUCCUGGGCACUUCUACCAACCUUGCUUGGAAAGCCUCUGGACUGCCACUACCUCAUCCGAAUGGCAAGCUCAGCAAUCCCAAUCAAACUAUAGCCCCCAGCAGCUUCAAUUCAUCGAGCAUAACCUAACCGCUCAGAGCAAUUUCGGUGGAACUCCCUACUCUGAAAACCUCUCUGUAUCGCUCUUUGCAAAUCGACUGCCAACCCGAGAAGACUCUAUCUACCUGACUGAUCGCCAACUCUACCAUCCCGGCGUCGCAAGCCUCGAGACACUCUUCCCCACCUCGCCACUCGCUCUAACCUACCUCGCCCUCAACCACACACCUCUACAUGAUCUGCUCGCCAUCGCAGGCGACACCUGGAUCUUUGGCAAGAAGAUCACGCCUCCAUCUGCCUUUAACGAUGCCUCGCAACGUCUAAAAAUUUGGUCCUCAUCCAUUGCCGCCGCACAAGCAACCCAGCACGCCUGCCGUGUCCUAUCACUCACUCUCAACUGCCAAGCUAAUUGCAUCACCGAUUACUGGAGCGUCUACGUCUGCGUGCUAAUUUGCUGGGCCUUCGGCCACCGCUUCCAGACCUCCAUCUCCACAAGCGGCAACGGCAGCGCCACUAUCUCACGAAGCAACUCGUCCAGUGCUCUCAGCGCCAUGGGUGACGACGUACCCCAAGUCCCGUCCGCAGAUGGGGUGCGGCUGAAAGCGUUUACGUAUAUUGAAGGCAUGCUCGCGCUUGGCGUCGAAGACUUGUUGGUCAACCAGACGGCCAGUCUCAAAGGCGAUACCUCGGGCGUCAUCGCGGCCGUGAGGCAACGCUUGGAGCUCGAGAGUGUGGGCGGGACGUGCAGUCUGCUUGUUGAUUGCAUUGGCAUCUUGUCGAAGAUCUCGAAGAGCGGAAAGGGGAAGUGGUUUUAA